UGCUCAAGGAGAUAGCUGAUCACCAACAUGUCUGACUCAGAGCAUGUGCUGCCGCCACCGGAGGCGCCCCACUUCGCGGCCAGCGUCGCGCUCUUCCUGGGCGGCUCCUGCCUGCUACUGGUGGCGCUGCUGAGUAGAGGCGGCGGGUCCUUUCAUCAACUUCCUUCCAGCGGCCAGUUCCUGGAGCUGGCAGAAGAGGGCUGCUUCAUGGAGGGCAUGUACUACGCGGAUCCUCAUAGGAUGCCAGGCAGCGAUCGCAGCUCCGAGCCGAGCGCCCAGAGCUGCCAGAGCCGAUGUCUGGCCAACGAAAAGUGCGCGCACUUCACCUACUGGCCCGACGGUGGCUGCCUGCUGACGGAUUCCACCUCCUACCCUAAAGCCGUGCCAUUCCAAUACCUGUCCACUGUCAUCGGGCCGAGGGAUUGCAGCCGCGCGGAGGUCGAGAGCUCGGCGCCCGUGGCCGAGAAGGUGGUGGCGGUGGUGGCUGCCCUUCCCGGCAUCAACGGCACCGCCUGCGCCAGCUACCCCGCCUGCGAGGCGGCGAAGCUUUCUGGCAACUGCUGCCCCAACGAUGAGCACGUCUCGCUUGGCUGUUGCGGCGGCUUCCCUCCGAAGGCGACCCUGGCGGUUUGAGCUGCGGCCGGUGCCGAGCUGCGGCUUUUGGACUUGCUGCCUCAAGAUAUGGGGGGUCAAAAUUGAACCAGGAAUUGGGCCGCAGGUCUUGGGCCAUGUUUCCAC